AUGGCGAAUAUUCCUAUCCCGGCACCAGCAAAUGCCGCGCCUCUACAAUCGCCGCCGUCUGUUGGCACCGAGGACGUGCCUGAGCCGUCUGGGCAGCCUGGACCGCCUUCGAUCGGGCUCUUGAUCGAUCUGCCGACACCGCGACCGACAACACUGCCAGCUCUACCGAUCUCUACCUACCCGGAUCCGGAGUCCCUUCAUCUAACGCGCGACCUGAGAAGAUUGGGCCCUGCGCUUUCUCGAACGCGCCACACGCAUCCUACUACACCGCAGGCGGGAGGCGGCCACGUGGUUCCUGGGCACGAAGCCGAAGGCCAUGAGCUACAGGACCUCGCCGCCGGGCCGGGUGCCGCCCACGCCCACGUUGCUGAGACGGCCUCUUGGUCGUUCGAGUCGUUCGUCCGUGCCGCUUGGGUAAAAUUGCUAGGUUGGAUGUGCCUCUUCACAGGGCAGGGAGCCUAG